CCAUCAACUCCGCGGGGCAGGCGGAGUUAGUUAGCAAAGAGCCGAGGCGGGUGCACGACCCUCCUCCUUCUGCCCCUGGCCGCACACUUUGCGCACAUCUCUUUUCUGCAUGGUGGAUAUUAUUUUUCACUAUCCUUUUCUGGGUGCUAUGGGGGAUCAUUCCAAGAAGAAGCCCGGAACGGCCAUGUGCGUGGGCUGCGGGAGUCAGAUCCACGACCAGUUCAUCCUGCGGGUGUCGCCCGACCUCGAGUGGCAUGCGGCCUGCCUCAAGUGCGCCGAGUGCAGCCAGUACUUGGAUGAAACCUGCACGUGUUUCGUGAGAGACGGGAAGACUUAUUGCAAGCGGGACUAUGUGAGGCUAUUCGGCAUCAAGUGCGCCAAGUGCCAGGUGGGCUUCAGCAGCAGCGACCUGGUGAUGCGGGCGCGGGACAGCGUGUACCACAUCGAGUGCUUCCGCUGCUCCGUGUGCAGCCGCCAGCUGCUGCCCGGCGACGAGUUCUCGCUGCGGGAGCACGAGCUGCUCUGCCGCGCCGACCACGGCCUCCUGCUCGAGCGCGCCGCGGCCGGCAGCCCGCGCAGCCCCGGCCCGCUGCCGGGAGCCCGUGGCCUGCAUCUGCCAGACCCUGGGUCAGGCCGGCAGCCCCCGCUGCGUCCCCAUGUGCACAAGCAGACGGAGAAGACGACCAGAGUGCGGACGGUGCUGAACGAGAAGCAGCUGCACACACUGCGGACUUGCUACGCCGCCAACCCGCGGCCAGACGCACUUAUGAAGGAGCAGCUAGUGGAGAUGACCGGCCUCAGCCCAAGGGUCAUCCGAGUCUGGUUCCAGAACAAGCGUUGCAAGGACAAGAAGAAAUCUAUCCUCAUGAAACAGCUGCAGCAGCAGCAGCACAAUGACAAGACAAGUCUGCAGGGACUGACCGGUACGCCCCUGGUGGCGGGCAGCCCCAUUCGCCACGAGAGCGCCGUGCAGGGCAGCGCAGUGGAGGUGCAGACCUACCAGCCGCCUUGGAAAGCGCUCAGCGAGUUCGCCCUCCAGAGCGACCUGGACCAACCCGCCUUCCAGCAGCUGGUCUCCUUCUCCGAGUCCGGCUCCCUGGGCAACUCCUCUGGCAGCGACGUGACCUCACUGUCAUCACAGCUCCCGGACACCCCCAACAGCAUGGUGCCGAGUCCCGUGGAAACGUGAGGGGCCCCCCGCCCCGUCAGCCCGCGGACCUCGCAUGCCCCCUGCAUGAAGACGCACCUAUGCUCAGGCCAUUCCAGCUCCGAAAAACUCUCGCCUCUGUAAUGAUUGGUUUUGCUAUUUAAAAAGAGAGGGCCGGGAGACGCAGUGGGGAUUGUCCCCGGGGCCGCUAGGCCACCCGCACUCCCCGGACCGCAGAGCCCUGCUCCGAGGACUUGGUCCUGUUUCGAAACCAGAACUCGGGACUCACCAGCCCGCUCCUCUCCCGCCCCCCGCCCUGCACCCCCCAGGCGGCUUCACUCGGGCUUUAGCCUGGAGCAGGUGGGGGACCGCCCGGAGGACACUCCAUUCCCUAAAGCGCAUGAUUGCCGGAGAAGGAGAAAAAAAAAGUAGACUUUUCUUUGAAAACAUUUUAAAUUAUCAGUCGACGGAGGACAGAGUGUGUGAGCCUUUGCCGAACAAACGUAAGUUAUUGUUAUUUAUUGUGCCAGUUCAUAGUGGGACGGAUAUUUUGAUCUUAAUAAAAAAAACAUAAUAAUAAUAACCUGACGCGGUGCAGCUCCUGUGUGCCGCCGGCGCAGCCGUAGAGCCAGGAGA